UUUGAACCUUCACCACUCCAGUCACCAGUCCCCAACUGCCCACAAAUUGGCUGCCUAAUGCUCGAUUUCCCUCUUUCUGUUAAGAAUCCGUGGUCCACUGCUUCAGGGCACAAAUGAGUCCAGUCAAUAGCCUGUGGUUCAAGUGGAAAAGCCUUCGUUUGCCGUGGCGAAGAUUCUUCCUCGUCGGCUCUGAUCUCGAAGGGAACACAUUUUGGGAGUUUAAGGAUACAUUAAAUGCUAAGCGAUUCCGUCGUAUUGUCAAAUACAGCCCGAAAACUCACUAUGCGGAUGUCCAAGUGAGCCCUCAAUGGCAUCAAUGGCUUCGACACGUUCGGGUCGAACCUCCCUCAAUUGAGGAACAGCAGCAGGAUAUUGCGCGACGGAUUCAGCUUAAUCAUCUGGCUCAACUAGCCAACAAACGUUGGGAGAGUGUGCCUUCUCUCAUGGAUAAACCUGCGACUAAGCCACAGAACCCUCCUACCCAACCAGGAGAUACUACGGUUGGCAACGCCUCUAAUGCAAAGGAUAUCCCCGAAACGCAAAACAGCGCUCCGGGGAAACAACCAAGUGCGAAAGAAGAUCCAUUUUUCAGGCCAAAGGGCGCACCGAGUGAAAACUGGCAACCGGAGCCGUGGACGCCUUCCACCUCCCAAAGACAAAGUGGGUAGGCACUUCCCAGCUCGGGAAUUGUAUCCUCUGGGAGUGUCCGCUGCAUUGGACAUGGAUGGCUUGAGAUGUCAUUAUCCUGGUCUUCGAGAGCGCUCUUGUCACCCCCCCCCCCCAUACGUUGCAUUUCAGAUCAAUUCCUGGGAUUUGGCUUGACGAUUAGCUUUUUCGAGUGAUAGAGAAACCCCGGUGCUUGGUUAUCCCGGCGAUUUUCAUACUAACUGUAUGAGGUUCCCAGAAAGCUGCCAAUUCCUAAUUAUUUACAGAGAAAAUGGGUCUUCUCAUUUCGUUCUUAGUCUGUAUAUUACACUAUAUCCAAACGAUGAUGAAACAGAGCUUCGGCGUGUAUAUUAUAUUAUUAUUUAGGAAAUUCCUGUGACUUAAUAGCUCUUGAAUGAAUUAUGAUAGUGUAUUAAAAAGU